GCCAGUCCCGGCGCGGGCCCGGCAGCACUUCCGGGCUAGCGGGAGGCUGGCGUCCUGCGGGCCGUGCGGUCGCCGCUGCCGCACGCACCUCCCUGACGGCGCCUCGCAGCGCCCUGGGCCCAUGGCCGCCGCAGCGAGGCCCAUCCCGGAGCGGUGAAGACGCUGCUGGGCCGGGACCGCGCUUCGGAAACCUUCAGACUCAACUUGAAUAAAAGCAGGAAGAAAACAACCUGUGCGUUUUGCCUAGCUGCAUCAGAGCUGCCUGUACUGAUCUUUACAGUAACCAUCAAACAGAAAUUAUAAACUGCAAACCUGCAAAGCGUCUUCUCUAGAGGAAAAGAUUCCCUCACUUUGGAUGAAUGUUCUCACAGUCUAAGAGACUGAGUUUUGUGGGAAAAGAUUUUACAGUUCUUUAUUUUCGUAAAAGGCAGAAAAGGGUCAAAGAACAAGCAUUUUGAAACUGAAGCUUAUACAGUUCAACAGCCCCUGGCCUUUUAUUAUAAACACACCCAUGCAAACUGCAUUUUCCAUUUUAUAGCUUUGUUAGAUACAGUGAGCUAAUAGAUAAUUUCUUCUGGUGAUGGCACUUUUUUCUCAAACUAGUCAACUGUUUUUUCAGGCUUUGCUACGGAAAUGUCGUAUGUUCUGGCCUGUUUCAAGAUGCCAGCAACUGUUUGCUGGCUUUGUCAACUUCUCCAACAGGGAAAAGGUUAACUAUUUCCAUGUUAUGACAUCUUUCAGCACUGCAUUACCAGUGGAUUCCAAAGGAACUGGUGUCUUUCCUACCAAGAAAAGGUCUGAAAUUGAUUAUGAAGAAGAAAAAGGAUGGAAUGAGAACAGAGAAAUACCUGAAGGGAAACUCUACUUUUCUUCCUCUGUUGGAGCUCCAAAAAAACGGUUGAGUCAAGUUCUGUCAAGGCAUAGGUUUACCAAUGUGCAGCCUCCAGAAAAACCAUUGCAGGCUGCGGAAUGGAACAGACUGAAGGAAAGCUUUCAGUCACCUGAAAUAUUUGAAGAAGUGAUGUUAAACAGUAUGAUCAGGUGCAACAGCCCUAUUGAUGUGGCUAAGUCAUUGCUGACCCAUGUGGCAAAGAGUGAUGGUGACAUUGCAUAUCAUUUAUUGAUCAAAUAUCUGGCAUUGUGUGUCCAGCAGGGGCAGACCUCAGAAAUUCAUGAUGUGUAUGAUAUAAUGAAAACCAGAUUUAAGGUUUUAGAAAGUGGGGCUUACAGCCUUCUUAUCAAGGGGCUGAGUAACUCAGAUCAAUGGAGAAUGGCCUUGACUCUUUUGGAAGAAGUAAAACAGCUUAUGAUUCCCUCACGGGGAAGCUAUGAGUCCUGCAUCAAAGCAGCCAGCCGUCACCAAGAAAUGAACCUCGCAUUUCAACUUUACUGUGAAAUGUUGGCUGAGGAUUUGGUCCCAACCUUGGAUGUCCUGCAGGGCUUUUUUGACUUCAGCAGGGGUAUGAAAGGUGCUGAGCUACAAAACCAGCUCUUUGGUAUCCUGUUAUAUUUGAGAGAGAACCAAAUAUACCCUCAUAAAACAUUUAUAUGGAGUAUAAAGCUAUGGUUUGAAAGCAUACCAGGAGGGAACUGGAGAGGACACUUGACCAACAUUAAAGACAGUGGACAGUGCCCGGUUUGCAACCAUCAGUUGGAGGACAGUAACCUCACUGAAGAAGAAUAUAAAUGUCUCAGAGAAAGAAUAAUAAAGGACGUGAUACAUGGAACGGACACUUUCAGAAAGACAAGCCCACAGGAAUUUGAAGCCUUUCAAACAUUUGUGGAAAAUCGACUUCCCUUUGAUAUUGUUAUUGAUGGACUCAAUGUUUCCCACAUAAAACCCAGAAAGAUGCAGUGUGAAAAUCUAUUUGAAGCUGUCAACUGCCUGGCAAAAGGGAAUGCUCGAUUGCUUGUGCUGGGCCGCAAACACAUGCUGAGUAACUCUCCAAACUGGAAAAGAGAGGUUAUGAAGGAAAUGCAGAAUAAGGCAGACUUCUUCUUUGCUGAAAAUAUCUCUGAGGACGAUACCUUCUUGUUAUACGCCACUCUUCGAUCGGGCAAGCAUUGCAAGUUUGUUACUAGAGACUUCCUCCGGGAUCACAAGGCUUGUCUUUCUGACAGUGUAACGCGUCAUCUGUUCCGUAAGUGGCAGCGUGGACACCAAAUAGUGAUUUCCUCUUCUGGAGAAGGAAAGCGUUUAAAAUUUUUGCCUGCUUUGCGUUAUGACUGUGUGGUACAGACUACCGGUGAUACAUGGCACAUCCCCUAUAAAGACACUUUUGACGAAAAAUAUUCAUACGAAGUACCAAGAAAAUGGCUCUGCAUUCAACAGAAGUGAUGAAGAAUGUAAUUGUACAAGCUGAAGCCACUUUUUUAUUUUUUUUAAAUCACUGUUGCUGACUAGCAGAACGCAGCAGUACAAUUAUGGGGUUAAUGUGUGAGGCCCUAUCACUAAAGAAAAUUCAGUAACUGCGUUUUGUCAAAAUCAUUCCUGCAGUAAAUCGGUUAACAUCAGUGGUGGUCCAGCAGGGAUGAAUUAGGUCCGUUAUUUCCAUCUUUACAGGCGAUUUCUGUACCCUCUCAAUGUGAUUUGUCUCAAUAUGAUUUGAAUUAAAACUUGGUUUUCCCUCUUGAAA